AUGCAAAAAUCAACCACCAGUUCCCCAGCUACCACGGACUCGACAGAAAAUGACUGCGUCGCCAGUCAAUACAAUACCAGACACAAAACGCCCGCCCGCACCUAUACCAUACAUUGUGGCAGGCACGGGUGUCCAGCCGUUUUCGUGUAUGGCAAUGGUACCGACUGGCUCACAGUCAACUGCCUCGUUGAUGCCCACUAUCCCGUCUGUACAGGGCAAUUCCAUGGGCUCACCCCCUCAUAUUCCGCCUCCAACACCCACAGAUCACAGCUCACGUCGAACCCUCCACAGUUCACGCCUGAGAGCUGGGAUGUUGACAACAGCAAUCGUGAUAACGAAGUCAUCGUGGGACCUAGUAAGCAGAGACAAAAGGAGGAUAAGCGGAAAGGAGACCUGGAGAACGACGAAUACACCGAGGAUGUACAACCCACAUCUGUCUGGUGUCGCGGAUGUCAGAAGGCCAUUAGCCUUGAUAAGCGCUCCAGGUACUAUCCUGGAUUGUGGGUCAAGCACCGGGGCAAGUGCCCGGGUAUCCUCAAGAUGGAGAAAGAUAAACUCGCCUUGAUGAGAAGAGACUGGAUUUAUUCGUCAAAUCCAGAAUCAGGCGCCGGGUCAUUUGACAUGCGGGAUCAAGAUUGGGAAGGGGAAGAGGACAAGGUGAUGGGAUCCAGAAUACUCGCACGCUACGAGGGAUGGUCCAGCGAGGUUGGAUCUUAUAUACUGUGGUACAACCUCCCAUCGAUGUUCUUGCCAAGUGAUAAAAUCACUAGAAGUGUGGAAGAUAACGAUCUUUUGAGCGCAAUCAAGCUCAAGCACGGUAUCAUGGUGAUCCGAGUCGACACCUGGCUAUCUAUCUCGACACAUGACACGGUCAUUGAACAGCCCGCCUGCCAGCUAACGCUCGGUUCCAGCCCAACCACCACUGUCAACCCCACGGUUUUCGCGUUAGACGAAGCCACGGCGACAACUCGGCCGACGGUUCUUCAAAGCUUCACGAUCUAG